CUGAGGGAGAGGGAAGGGAAGAAGUGUCUGCGGCUGAACCCGGAUGUCCCUGUCUGGGUCUCCAAGCAGCGGAUUCUCUGCACCUUGAACCACAGCCUGAAAGAUGUCCUCAAUUAUGGCCUCUUCCAGCCAGCCUUCAACGGCCGGGCAGGGAAGUUCCUGGAUGAAGAGCGGCUGCUGAGGGAGUACCCCUUGAACCCAGACACCCCAGUACCUUACCUGGAGUUCCGGUACAAGAGGCGAGUGUACACACAGAGCCUGCUGGAUGACAAGCAGUUUGCCAAGUUGCACACAAAGGCAAACUUGAAGAAGUUCAUGGAAUAUGUCCAGAUACUGAAUGUGGAGAAGGUCAGCAGGCUGCUAGAGAAGGGACUGGACCCCAACUUCCAUGAUCCGGACAGUGGAGAAUGCCCUCUGACCAUGGCCGCUCAGCUGGAGUACUCCGCCGACAUGAUUAAAGCCCUGAGGAAUGGUGGCGCCCAUCUGGAUUUCCGGACGCGGGAAGGGAUGACGGCUCUCCACAAAGCAGUUCGGUGUCGGAAUCACACUGCCCUGAUGACGCUGCUGGACCUGGGGGCCUCUACUGAUUACAAGGACAGCCGUGGACUGACGCCUCUAUACCACAGUGCCAUGGUGGGCGGGGACCCCUACUGCUGUGAGCUGCUCUUGCACGACUACGCCAAGGUUGGCUGUGUGGACGAGAAUGGCUGGCAAGAAAUCCACCAGGCCUGUCGAUAUGGACACGUCCAGCACUUGGAGCACCUUCUCUUCUAUGGGGCCGACAUGACUGCACAGAAUGCCUCUGGGAACACAGCCCUCCAUGUCUGCGCUCUCUACAACCAGGAGAGCUGUGCUCGGGUUCUUCUCUUCCGUGGUGCAAGUAAAGAGAUCCGGAACUACAACAGUCAGACGGCAUUCCAGGUGGCCAUCAUUGCGGGGAAUUUUGAACUGGCCGAAAUCAUCAAAACUCACAAAGAAUCCGAUGUUGUGCCUUUUAGAGAAACUCCUAGCUACACAAAGAGGAGACGGAUCAUCAGUGUGGGUGGCCUCUCCUCCCCCCACCUGCUGCAGCGGUCGGCCAGCGACAACAACUUGAAGUCCGAGAGCCGCCCGUCCUACUCGCCAGUGCCCUCACUCCGCAGCCUGCCCCAACAGCUGCUGGCCCAGAUGCAGGAAGCAGCUGUCGGGGUGGGGGACAGCAGCCUGGUGAGCACGGGCAGCACUCGGAGUGCCCACAGUCGCUCCCCAUCGCUGCAGCGUGUGCAGGAGGAGAAGGAGGCGGAUGCCCACACGCUCAGGAGAAUCAGCCGUGGCAAAACCAGUUGGGCCCCCUCGUCCUAUUUCUUGCAGUGCCAACGCUUCCCCUUGCCUGCUCCUGCCGGCCCCUUCAAGCGGUGUGAGUCUUGCCCGACUAAAAUAAUCCUUUCCAACAGGCAUUCUCAGUGCCUCUUCGGCUUAGUGCUCAGUAUUGGAGAAGGAGGCUUUUGGGAAGGAACCGUGAAAGGACGGACUGGCUGGUUCCCCGCAGAAUGUGUCGAGGAGGUGCAGAUGCGGCAGUACGACUCCCGGCAAGAAACCAGAGAAGACCGGACCAAGAGGCUCUUCCGACACUACACGGUGGGCUCCUACGACACCUUCACCUCUCACAGCUUGGCUGCUAGCGUGCCUGUCAUAGGCAUGGAUUUCAUAGGGUUGCUACGUUUUACGGAUUUUUUCUACCCUGGAGAAAGCAGGCCAAACUUCACUGGCAUACGGGCAUUGCCAGUCGGUUCCAGCCGUGAAGACCUUGGGCACAAAACUACUGUCCCAGUGGAAAUACGGUUUCAGCUUUCAUCCCAAAAUUAA